CAGACCGAGUCACUCUUCCUCAGCCAACACUUUCAACACUAACCAAUAAUAUUAGCCUUCAUAUAUAUGAACCCCUAACCACAUAAUACCCAAUACCAUUAGAGAUUCCCUUAUAUGCUCGUUGUAUAAACCCAUGCCAUCUACAAAUCUCCUCCACAAUCAUAUACUAUAUAUAUCCCCUUAUUAAGGGUUCCAAUCAUUAAUUUUUCUGUUUUAUGGAAGCUUGAUAUACGUUUGAACUAUUUCCCGGAAACUUGGAUGAUCCUGGUGGACGGAACCGAAAAUUUAUGAGGUUUUGUUGUUACAAUUACACGAUGAGCAACGCGAUCAAGAGUAGCAAAGGAAGCAGAUUCAGCAGGUUCAUGAAGGCGCCUAUAAGAGUUUUGAUUAAGGCGAGGGAUUUCUACAUCAAGAGCAUGACCGAGUGCUCCACUCGAUUCGACUAUGGUGGCAUGGCCAUGGGCUGCCCUACCGCCCAAGUCCCAAGUGCUUUGCCAAGAAGCUUCAGCACCAGCUCCGUCAAGUCGUCAAGCAGCAGCAACAAUGAUGAUUACAGAGAGCUCAUGAGGGCUGCUUCUGCUAGAAGCACUUUCGCCUAUAACAAAAAUAUGGAGGAUCUUGGGAGAAAGCAGCAGAUCAUCAAUAGUACCGGAGCCAAUAAUGCGAUGAUGAAUCGUAGUCGCAGCGUUGGAAUUGGAAGGAUUGAUGAAGACAAGGCUUGCGAAUUUGGUGAAGAAGAUGUCAACAAGAAUAUGUAUCCAAGAAGCAGAAGCUCUGCUGUUGCUAGGAGAACAACGUUCUAAUCAUAUGGUAUUAUAUAUCUAGAAGUCAAUUAUCUCUUUGUUUAAUUUAUCCUUUUCUUUUUUCAAGUCAUUUUUAGGUCGAUUGAAUGGAAGUUGGUCAGUUAUUUAGUUCAAAAGAUUUUGAAGUAAAUUCAAUAUAUGUUACGUGAAGUUGUAUGAAUGGAAAUGUUCGGUCGAGAGGGAAUGAAGAUUUGAAAGCUUUAGGUGUACCGUAACUAUUGUCUCAUAAUUUU